AUGCGGCGCUACCUGCGGGUCGUAGGGCUGUGCCUGGCCUGCGGCUUCUGCUCGCUGCUGUACGCCUUCAGCCAGCUCGCAGUGUCCUUGGAGGAAGGAGCGGCCGGAGGACGCAGGCCGCAGGCCGCGGCGAUGGUUUCCUGGCUGGCGGACGGCGAACGCGGCGGCCCCGGGAGAGGCGCGGGCAGCGCGGGCUCGGGCCGGCCGGGCAGGUGUAAAGGUUCCUCUCUGUGUUACUGGAAUCCCUAUUGGAUGCUGCCCUCUGCUGUUUGUGGAGUGAACUGCUUUUGGGAAGCGGCUUUUAGGUAUAGUCUGAAAACACAGCCCACGGAGAAAAUGCACCUUGCUGUUGUUGCCUGUGGUGAAAGACUGGAAGAAACUGUGACUAUGUUGAAGUCCGCUCUCAUUUUCAGCGUCAAGCCACUGCAGGUCCAUAUUUUUGCUGAAGACCAACUACAUGAUAGCUUUAAAGACAGACUUGACAGCUGGUCAUUUCUACAAAGAUUUAACUAUACUCUGUACCCUAUCACCUUCCCGAGCGACAGCGCCACGGAGUGGAAGAAGCUCUUUAAGCCGUGUGCUUCCCAGAGGCUCUUCUUGCCGUUAAUCCUGAAAGAAGUUGAUUCACUGUUGUAUGUUGACACUGAUAUCCUUUUUUUACGACCUGUCGAUGAUAUUUGGUCAUUACUAAAGAAAUUUAAUUCCACACAAAUUGCUGCGAUGGCACCAGAGCACGAGGAGCCUCGAAUUGGAUGGUAUAAUCGCUUUGCUCGGCAUCCAUACUAUGGGAAGACGGGGGUGAACUCUGGAGUGAUGCUGAUGAACUUGACUCGGAUGAGGAGGAAGUACUUUAAGAAUGACAUGACAACCGCCCGGCUGCAGUGGGGUGACAUACUCAUGCCAUUGCUUAAAAAAUACAAACUGAACAUCACAUGGGGUGACCAGGACCUGUUAAAUAUCAUGUUCUUCCAUAAUCCAGAAAGCCUUUUUGUCUUCCCGUGUCAGUGGAACUACCGACCAGAUCACUGCAUAUAUGGGAGCAACUGCCGAGAAGCAGAGGAGGAAGGGGUCUUCAUUCUUCAUGGAAACAGAGGUGUUUACCAUGACGACAAGCAGCCAGCGUUCAGAGCUGUGUAUGAAGCACUGAGAAAUUGUUCAUUUGAAGAUGAUGCCGUCCGUUCCUUAUUAAAACCUUUAGAACUGGAAUUACAGAAGACAGUUCACACGUACUGUGGAAAAACGUACAAAGUAUUUAUCAAGCAGUUGACGAAAAGCAUAAGAAACCGUUACGACACACCGCCAAAGGAAAGGUGAUCUGCAGGAGAGCAGCAGAGGAGACAUGAAGGAAUCGGACUGGAGAAGGAGUUCGGAAGGCGUUUCUGUCUCCAGAAUAAUUAAUCGUCUUCUGAAGAAGUUAAAAGAGUGUUAUAUUCACUCCAUGAAGAAUAAGUUAAGCUCUUGUCUCCAGUAGGAAGACAAGUUUGGUCUGAUAUUUUGUAACAUUACUUGGUGUCAUUCCAGUGUUAAUGAAAACAUUUAACAGUGUGGCCAGUGGAGCUGUGUUGGCUCUUGAAUCAAGUAAGUAAGAACAGUGGGGGAUGGAUGGAGAAAAUGUACCUCGAACACAGUGGAGACACUCAAGCUGUGAGUAUAGCAAUAAUUUUAUGUCAGCACUAACCUCACUUUAAAGUGUGAGAAAAAAGUUUACAGGAGCAGAGAAGUUCUGUUUCUUAAGAAAUGUGAUAUAACCAAUGUAACCAUUGACAAUCUAUGUACCCGCAUACAUUUCAUCUCUCUGCUACAAUA